GAGGGCUCGAAGGGGACGGACUUCCUCUCCUGGCUUUCCCCUCUGAUUGGCUUGUGAAGGUUAUGAAACCCUUGAAUGGGGUCUGCGGGCAACCUUUGCCGCAAAAAAGUCACUCUUUUCAAAAGCCCGAGGCGAGGCGAGGCGAGGCUCCGAGCGCAGGCAUCCCCAUGAAGUCCGCCGCCGUGCUCUUCGCCGGGCUGCUGGCGCUGACAGCCUAUUAUGUCUACUUGCCUUUGCCAAGCACCGUCUCGGAGCCGUGGCGGCUCAUGCUGCUGGAUGCUUCUUUCAGGCUCGCUCAGCAAACGUGCAACCUGGCUCAUUACCUGGGACUUGGCCAUCACCUGAGAAUCUUGAACCUCAUGAUUGGCUCAUUUGACAAGCUGAGUCCCCAGUCCUCAGAAAGCGUGAAGAUAACAGAUACUCAGUUUGAUGGGGUGGAGGUCCGAGUGUUUGAACCUUUGGUGCAAGGGGAAGCAAAGCUAAGGCGCAGCGUGGUCUACAUCCAUGGAGGAGGAUGGGCCUUGGCAAGUGCAAGAGGAGGUUACUAUAAUAAUCUUUGCUUGAUUAUGGCUGAAUCUUUGGAUGCUGUAGUUCUUUCAAUCGAGUACAGGCUGGUGCCAGACUUCCACUUCCCUGUGCAGUUCAGCGAUGUUCUACGGGCUACAAAGCACUUUAUGCUCCCUGAAGUCCUAGCUCAAUAUUCCGUCGAUGCUAGCAGAGUUGCCAUUUCCGGUGACAGUGCCGGAGGAAACUUAGCUGCCGCUGUCUGCCAAGAGAUGAGUCAAGAGGAGAAUGCUACCACCAGAUUUAAACUUCAGGCUCUAAUUUAUCCAGUCCUUCAGCCGUUUGAUUUUAAUACCCCCUCAUACCAGCAGAACGAAGUCACUCCUGUCCUUCCCCGUUUGGUCAUGGUGAAGUUCUGGAUCUACUACUUCAGUGGAAAUUACGACUUUGUCCAUGCCAUGGUGGUCAACAAUCACACCUCCCUCGAUGUGAGCCAGGCCAAUCCCUUCAGAGAACGGCUGGACUGGACUUUCCUUCUUCCUUCGAGGUUCAGAAAGAACUACAAACCUCUCUCACACACAACAGGAAAUGUGGAAAUAAUCCGGGAUAUGCCCAUGUUGCUAGAUGUUCGUGCCGCUCCAUUGCUCGCUGAGAAAGAGGUUUUCCACCUCCAGCCAAAGACUUAUAUCUUGACUUGUGAGAUAGAUAUUCUGAGAGAUGAUGGGCUAAUGUAUGCCAAACGGCUAGAGAAAGCUGGAGUGGAGGUGACUGUUGAUCACUUUGAGGACUGUUUCCAUGGCUGCAUGAUCUUCACCAUUUGGCCGGCCAAUUUUUCUGCAGGAUUUCAGACCAGGGACAGCUAUAUCAAGUGGCUCAGUGAAAACUUAUGAAGGAAAGAGUCCCCUCUAAAGACAAGAGCUAUGUACUCCUUAUGCGGUCUUGUGCCAUCUGUUUUGAAGACCUCAUUGGAGAGCUUCUGUUACAGUAUAGUGUGUGCCACCUAUGACUUGCUUGGACUGUGUUUUUGUGGAGAAAGUCUUCAUGUAGUCCUGAACCCUGACCCUAAAUGUGCUGCAAGGAAGUAGGUCCUGCUCUGCAUGUGCAACAGAAUGAGGUGGAAGACCAGGUUGUACCAUUUCAGACUGUCCCAGUGUUCUCCCUGCUGUGCUAGUUUCCUAUUUACAAGGGGGGGUAUUCCUCCAAAUAUAAGGAAGAGCUCAUAAAUAUGGCUUUUCUCAUCUGUAGUCUGAAAUGGUACAGUCCAGUGGUUCCCAAACUUUUUCACCCUGCUUGAUGUCCCACACUUGAAAAUUGCUGAAGGUCUUGGCAGACUACUUACUGAUUUUUCUGCCUGUUGUAGCAAUUGCAAUGUGCAGUGCUGGAUGCUAUAUGAUUUUUAAUUGCAUUUUAAUUGCAAUUGUUUUAUUCUUCUAUAUUGUAUUACAGUUUGCAUUCCAUAGAAGACAAUAAAAUACAAUAUAAGAAAUUAAAGAAGCAAUAAAAAUACAAUUAAAAGUCAAUAUGAAUACUUAACGCAAUGAAUGUCCUCUCUCCGACCUUCAACCACAAGUCCAUCAACACGCCACAGACCGCCUGACUGGAGCUAGUGGAUCACUGGUGGCCCACAGAUCACAGUUUGGGAGCCCCUGGUAUAGUCCAUUGUACCAUCUCUUUCUGCGACGUGUAAAGGGUGGCAUCCAACUAAAGAGUUCCACUUGUGCAGACACUUUUGGCUCUGCAAUAGAACGUCCCCUGCACACACACACCAAUUCUGCUUCGGAGGGUUGCGAGAAAUCCCAGAACAUGUUUGGGGGCACACACGGAAAGGUGAGGGAGUGGAAGUUCCAUUGGAGAGCCAAAAGUCCUAUGCUAGCAGAAUUGUUUAGAUGGAUCCCUCUCAUAGAGUUCUGUUCAAAUUCCUGGUCCUUAAUGGCUGAUUAUGUGCAUUUAGAUGUUUUGACAGCUAAUACAUGCGACUUCAGCUACU